AUGCAGUCAGAGGUUGAACCUACCCUAACCGAGGGCUCGGGGAAGCCUCCGACAAAGUUCUGCGCGUGCGGGAACAAAAUGUCGGGAGCGGAUAGCCACACCGCCUGCAUUCGCUGCCUUGGGCUGGAACAUGCCAUGGCUGCCCUUGCAUUCCCGCCUACCUGCGAGCAUUGCACACUGUUUUCAAAUAAAACCCGCAAACGCCGGCUGACUAAGCAGGCGAAGCUCAGCACAGAUGAUCCGGUGAUGGGGGUAACCGACCCGCCACUACCGGAGCUAGCGGGAGGUUCCCGGGGGCUCUCCGCCCCACUGGGAACCAGCUGGGGAUCAGAGGUGGACCUCACCGACGCUUCCCAGCCGCUGGAGUUGACUCAGCCCGACGCUUUCGAGGCUAGCCUGCUGGAAGGGCCAGAAGAAGCCGAGGGCGAUCACUCCGAGUCGGGGGGGGAAUCCAUUAGCCUCGGCUCUGAGGAGGACGAGGAUGAUGAUUCCUUUUCCCCCCGCACCGCGUCGCCUAUGGUGGUGGCGGGCGGUGCGUGCACCCCCUCCCCGAACCCGGCCGUGAGCAUGGACCUACAUGAGGCCUGCAAGAGGGCGGCUGUGCGGCUAAAGAUCGAGUGGCCGGAGGCCCUGGUGGAGACCGCCACAUCUCGCUACGAGGGCAAGCGACUCCCGAAGGCGAAGGCUUCAACCAGCCUGCUACUUCCGGCCUUUCCCGAGUGCCUGGAGGAAGCGACCCGGUCUUGGGGCAAGCCUCUCUCAGCCAAGAUCCCCGUCCAGGGUGGAUCGGGGUUGGAUUGGGCCGGUAUGGAGGAAAAGGGGUUCUCCCAUCUUCCUCCGGUUGAACCACUGCUGGCGUCGCACCUCCACCCCACGCAGAAGUCCGCCAUGACUUCAGCGAGCCCUACACUGCCGUCCAGAGCCGACUCCUUCCAGUCAUCAAUGACCGAGAAGGGCUACAAGGCGAUGGCGACGACGGUGAAGGCGCUCAACGCGUCGUCGCUGCUGCUGGCCUACCAGGCUGAGCUGGAGCUCGACAUGUCCUCGUCACCCACCCCAGCCCUUUGGGAUGAACUGUGCGUGGUGACGGACCUGUGCCUGCGCCUUCACAGGAGCGCUGUCCAGGCGUCCGGAAGGGCCAUGGCGCUGAUGGUCGCUCAGGAGAGGGCGAGGUGGCUGAACCUCUCCAGUCUCUCUCUGAGGGAGAAAACCCAACUCCUAGACGUGCCUGUGGACCCGAAAGGCCUGUUUGGCCCGGCGUAUGAUGUCAUGCUGAAACGCUGGGAGGAAAAAAAGAGGGAGGGUGAGGCGCUGCGACUGUGUCUUCCCAGAAGAGCGCCUUUCCCCGCCAACGCACCCGGCCAGGUGUUCACCCAGCCCCGCGCUCCUCCGCCGGCUUACCGCGGCCAGAAGCGUCAGCCCCACCCAACCCACAGGGCCGGCCGGGGCCAGAACAAGCCGCCGGAGCACAGUGGCGCGUGGGCGAGGAAGCCACCCGCGCCCGGGGUGGCGCCAGGGUUACAGAGGGCAUGUUCCAAGCCCUGCAAAAGACGUGCAGAAGGCCAUACAGCCUUCACAGUUCACGACGCGAAGGAGAGAAGGGUCGGACCUGCAGAGAGCUCGGUGGAGCCGCAGCAGUGUCUCGCAGACACAUGCAUGUGUACAAGCACACACCAGUGCCCAACAUCACACAUGUGUCCCCCUUCCCCAAAUCAUUAUUCAUUAAAAAUGUUUGCCAGCGCGCAUCCAGGCUCCGAGCCGAGGGCGCAGCUGCUUGUGAAAACAAAAAAAAUGAAAAAAAUGAUAAACAUAAAAAAGGAACAGAACGUAAUAAGACGGUGCCUGGUGGGCGUGCGCUCCGGUGCGCAACCCACCACGCCCGUUCGGGCCGGCACGACAGCGGAACCAGCGACGCUGGGACCGCUGGCUGGCCGGGCUCAACAGUGGCGGGCAUGUGGUGCGUCGGAUUGGGUUAUAAAAACUGUAACCGCCAGCUACAGGCUCCAAUUUUCGUCCACUCCUCCCCGUUUCAACGGGAUACUGCAGUCGCAGGCCCGUGGAGAGAAUGCUCAGGUUCUACAGGAGGAAAUCACCUCUCUAAGAAACAAAAGGGCAAUUCGGGUAGUGCCACCGGAGAAAAACCAAAGCGGUUUUUACUCGAGGUACUUUCUAGUCCCGAAGAAGGGAGGGGGCCUCCGGCCGAUAUUAGAUUUACGCGCUCUGAACAGAUACACGAGACAGUACAGUUUCAGGGUGCUGACACACGCCGCUCUCAUACGCUUCGUGCGCCCGGGAGGCUGGUUCACAAGCAUAGAUCUGAGGGACGCUUAUUUCCAUAUCGCCAUUUAUCCCCCUCACAGGAAAUAUCUCAGGUUCGCCUUCCAGGGCGUAACGUACGAGUAUUUGGUUCUCCCGUUCGGCCAUUCGUUAAGUCCACGGGUGUUUGUGAAAUGCACGGAGGCUGCCAUCGCGCCCCUCAGGUUGAAGGGAAUGCGUUUGGCAACAUACAUAGACGACUGGCUUCUAGCCACACAGUCGCCCCAGGAGGCUCAGGCGCAGACCAGCGUGCUCAUAUCGCACCUAGUGUCCCUGGGUUUCACAAUAAACGUGAAAAAGAGUGUUUUGGUCCCUACUCAAAGCAUAACGUUCAUAGGCUUGUGCCUCGAUUCAGUGACGUUCAAAGCACGUCUAUCCGCGGAGAGAGUGGAAGCCUUUCAGGCUUGUCUGGCACUUUUUCGCAGGGGGACGAUGUUGAAGUUCAGAACGUGCCUCAGACUAUUGGGUCUGAUGGCGUCGGCGCUGGUAGUAGUCCCACUUGGCCGCCUCCAUAUGAGGCCGGUUCAGCGAUGGGUUGCAUCACUCAGACUGAACCCGACGUGCCAUGGCCAUCGCCGGGUUUUGAUCUCCAUGGCGUGCGUCUCGGCGCUGCGCCCUUGGGGACGCGCGUACUUUCUGACUACAGGCGUUACCAUGGGAAGUGUCCUGGCGAGGAAGGUCCUUUCAACGGAUGCCUCUCGGGCGGGCUGGGGAGCCGUAUACGAGGGCAGAUCAGUAAAUGGCACUUGGAGCUCACAUAUGCAGUUUGUUCACAUAAACUGCCUGGAACUUCAGGCGGUGUCACUGGCGCUGAAACAUUUUCUUCCCUUUCUGAGAGGGCAACAUGUUCUAGUCAGGACGGACAACACCACGGUGGUGGCGUAUAUAAACCGUCAGGGGGGGCUGCGCUCCCCUCAAAUGCACACGUUGGCACACAGACUGACCAUUUGGGGCAACGCCCACCUGUUGUCGCUGAGAGCAACACACGUGCCGGGCGCGCGGAACUGGGGAGCAGAUUUAAUGUCCAGGGGCGACCCUCGCUACAAGGACUGGAAACUCAACGUCAUGGUCGUGAACCAGAUAUGGGAGAAAUACGGUCGAGCAGAGGUCGAUCUCUUUGCAUCAGAGGAGAACACUCAGUGCCCUCUGUUCUAUUCCCUAACCGGUCGGAGCGCCCCAAUGGGGCUGGAUGCUUUGGCAUACGAGUGGCCGCGCGUCCUCCUGUACGCUUUCCCCCCAUUAGAACUGAUCAUUCCUACUCUCGCCAGGGUGCGAGAGAAGGGUCAUGCGCUGAUCCUUAUAGCCCCCCGUUGGCCGGGGAAAUAUUGGUUGGCGGAAAUAGUCCAGUUGCUGUGCGGCCAGCCUUGGCCUCUGCCUUUACGAAGGGACCUCCUGACGCAAGCGCAUGGGGAAAUCUUCCAUCCUCAUCCGGAGCGCAUGGCUCUAUGGGCCUGGCCCGUGAAAGGAUGAACCUAACGACGGCUGGACUCCCAUUGAAUGUCAUUACGACUAUCCAG